AUUUCUCCAGAACUAUCGCCGUUUCUGAAACUUUCAUCUCUAAGACCAUCAACACCACCUUUAAGACCAUCACCACCACCUCUAAGACCAUCACCACCACCUCUAAGACCAUCACCACCACCUCUAAGACCAUCACCACCACCUCUAAGACCAUUACCACCACCUCUAAGAUCACUGUUUUUGAAACCACUACCUCCGAAACUAUAACAGAUGAAGCUGCUAUGGAACAAUGCAUUUCACAUAUAUUCAAAAUUCACCAAUCCAUAAAUGUUUCACUUGAAAAGUAUCGUAAAAAGUUAGGUCAUAAUAAUAUGUAUAGAAAGAAAACGGCAAAUAAUACAAUUGAAACUGAAACUGAAUCCCUCAAGUCCAAUAAUUAUACUGCAAUUGUUGAAGUGAAUGGCAAAGAUGUUCAAAUUCCUGUCAAACAGAACAAAGUGACUACUAACGACAUUGUACAAGGGCAAUCAGAAACAUCAGAAACUGAAGUUGCAAAGAAAAAUAAUAAAACUGAUGAACUUUUCCAAUAUAUGAGAAAACGUAAUAUAUAUGUGCUAUGUGGGCAAUUUAGAAAAUUGUCAGAACUGGAUGCGGAGGACCGGUUUGAGAAAAUUGUUCAUGACACUACCGUUAAAAUCGAUAUUCCCAAAGAUAUCAAAGAAUAUCUUCACGAUUUGCUCAGUGGGGAUAUUGAAAGUGCGUUGUCAAAAGUAAAAGAGCCACUCAGUAAGGACGCGCGACCAUUACUGUUAUGGACAAAUGAAGUUUGCCGGCACUUUAUUUUUUACUUCUAUUAUGGCGGUUUACAGAUAGACGGUGACGAAAAAACUUGGUCCAACCAAACAGUCUAUCGCAUUCUUGAUUUAUUUUCGAUGUUUUUUGGAAAAUUGACGUCAGGAAUUGCCUUUGGAGAAAUUGUAAACGAAGCGCACAAAGAUAGAAUUUAUACCACAAAUGUUGAUCAAAAACAGUCAAAUUCAAAGAGAGGUGACAAGAACGAUGCUGUCUUAUAUCAGGAUGAUAAUGCUACAGUUAUAUAUGAACAGUCCUUUGGGCCUACAGAAUUUGAUUCAACACAUUAUAUGGGAGAUAUAACGAAAUUAGCGCGUAACGGAGUAGAUGAUCUAAAUUAUCACUUCUUGCAGUAUGGAAAAUCUUCCGUAACAACGGCGAAAAAACUCAAAUCCAUCGGCAUCCAUGGAUAUAAAUAUUCUAUAUCAAUCUACCUCACGGAUCUCAUUUGUAGGAAACUGUAUAGAACAUAUGAAAUAUUUAAUUGUAAAAUUCCAACAUCAUAUACGGAUCGAUGGUUUCUAGCUAAGAUUGCAAAGAUAGGCGUCUAUUUUGAGGCACUGCUCGCGGAACGACAAUCUGUGAAGGGAAAAAUGGGCGGAGAAGACAUGAUCAAUGAAGAUGGUUCUGAUUGUGUGCGCGAUUGGAUAUCAGUUCAGGAUAACACUCCUGAAACAAAAAGAACAAGGUGCUCACAAAAACAAUAA